CUAAGUUUCACUAUUUCAUUCAUAAAUACUCCAAGUGGAAUCUCUUUCCCCUCUCCUCUUUGUUAAAAGUCGUUGUGUUAUCAUUUAUGUUUAAAAAUCAAAUACCUACGGACACAAAAAACUAAAAUAAAUUGUGGCCAUUUCGCCAUUUGUGAAAUUGUGAAUGUGACGUCUAUUCUUUCUGAUCUUUGUAUAUUUUAUUAUGCUGUGAGACUAUUUUGUGUUCAAGAAUUUAUUAUGGCCCUUAACAAGGAGAAUGAUCCCAAAGGUUUAUUACAAAAUUCAUCCAAAUCAAAUAAAGAUGGUUACAGACAAAUAUCGACAAAAUCUGCAUUUGCGGAUAUAAAUGAUAAAAAUAUAGAUAAGGACACUGAAAGCGCUCCGAAAGUUGUAUCAAAACCAUGUGCAGAUGAUGCCCCAUCAGAGGGAAAAGUAACCACUUCCACAAGCAAAGAUCAAUCCCAAAAACAUAAAUGGACAUUAUCCGAUUUUGAUAUUGGUAAACCAUUGGGAAAAGGCAAAUUCGGUAACGUUUAUCUAGCACGUGAAAAGAAAUCAAAAUUCCUAGUGGCCCUGAAAGUUUUAUUCAAGACUGCUAUCAAGGAAUUCAACAAUGAACAUCAGGUUCGAAGGGAAAUAGAAAUCCAGAGUCAUCUGAGACACCCAAAUAUCUUGAGAAUGUAUGGAUAUUUUCAUGAUGAUUCAAGGGUAUAUCUCAUUCUGGAAUAUGCACCAAAUGGAGCAUUAUAUUCAAAACUUAUUGCUAGUCCUAAUAAAAGAUUUCCUGAAGAAAUUUGCUCAAAUUAUAUUGCCCAGAUAGCAGAUGCUCUUAGGUACUGCCACACAAAGAAAGUCAUCCAUAGAGACAUAAAACCAGAAAAUCUGCUGCUAGGUGCAAAAGGUGAAAUAAAGAUAGCUGAUUUUGGGUGGUCAGUACAUGCCCCUUCUUCCAGAAGAACAACCUUGUGUGGUACCCUGGACUAUUUACCUCCAGAAAUGGUGACUGGAAAAACACACAAUGAAAAAGUGGAUCUUUGGAGUCUUGGGGUUUUAUGUUAUGAAUUUUUAACUGGAAAACCACCAUUUGAGUCAAAAGAUUAUGAUGACACAUACAGAAGAAUUAGUAAAGCACAGUUCACUAUGCCACCUUAUAUCUCUAUUGAAGCCCAAGACCUCAUGAAGAAAUUAUUAGUUGUGAAUCCAAAUAUGAGACUAGAGCUGAGCAAGGUACUCAAGCAUCCUUGGAUUUUGAAGCACUCAGCCAAAAGUGCUAGUCAGUGAUUUGUGAUUGUUUUAGAAAAAAUAUUGUUUCUUGGAAUUAACUUCAAAUAAAAUAGAAUAAAAUUGUACUCAAUUAUGGAUGACUAUGCAAUUCUGUGACAUUUGUGUAGACCAGCAAUAUUUAUGUCUAUCAGGAUGGUUUGUUCCAAAAUGUCAUGGAGUUGAUGAAAAUUCACUAUUAUAGAAACCUAGCUAGGAGUUUUAGCACUAUUU